AUGCGACAAAGUUACCAUUCAGUUUUAAAGUGGUCACUACUGACAGGAACAUCAACAAUAUUAUUAAAAUUAUGCUAUGAAAGUGUAUUUAAUGUUACUUUAAGAACAUCAACCAAAUCAUUGUCAACAUAUGAAAGUACUUUAAUAUCUUGGGCAUCAGCUGGUGUGAAUUCAAAAAAAAUUCAAAAUAAACCAAUCGAUACGACAAUGCGUGACGAUUUACAAUUGAUCGGUGCGCAAAUUUAUUUUCGGCAUGGAGCUCGAACACCACUUAGUUUGCUACCUGGAUUUGAAGAACCAACUUAUACUAGAGAACAUAUUGAGACGUAUCCACCAUCGAAAUGGGAUAUUAAACUAAUAACAAAAUUAGGUAAUGAUAUUGUUUCAAAAGAUAAAGUACUAUCGGCAAAUGAUAUUAUUGGUGAUCGAAUAAAAAGAUUAAAAGCAACUUCAGAUUUAAAAGUAGUUACAGGUCAAUUAACUGCCAUUGGUGAAAAACAAUUAUAUCAAGUUGGACAACUGAUUCGAUCUGAAAUUAUCAAGCAAGAUCAACAUCAACUUAUACCCAGUACUUAUGAUUCAGACCUUGUCUACUGUCGAUCAACUUAUAUGGAUCGAACUAUAGCAAGUGCUCGCUGUUUUCUUGCUGGCCUAUUCUCGUCUGAAAAAGACGACAAUAAAAUAAAAUCAAAAGGUCCUUUCGAAAUCGAAGUUCAGAAUUUUCCCGAUGAAGAUAUGUUCCCAAACCCGAAAGUGGCGCCUGAACUUAAAGAUUGCCCUACAGCUAUAGCAUUGUAUAAAUCAUUAAAUGAUAAUCAUGAUUUGAAAGUAGCUCGGCAAGCAUUAAUUGAUAAUAUUGGUGUUCAAGAUUACCCUCAUGGUCUUAUUGAGUUACAUGAUGAAUUUGUAUCAAGAGAAGCGCAUAAUUUUUCAAUUCCAAAAGAAUUUAUUGAAUUAACAAAAAAUUUUGAAAUAAUGACUGCACGAGAAUUUGUUUCGAUGGCAACAUCAAUUGGCUUUGAUUUAUUCAUACGUUCAACAUGUGGACCACUUCUUUAUUUAAUGAAACAAAACUUUGAUUACAUCUCAAAAAAUUUUAAAGAACAACAAGAAAAUCAUAUUAAUAGACCAUAUAAAAAACUUUUUGUUUACUCUGGUCAUGAUACAACACUAAUUCCUUUAUUAAUGGCACUUGAAAUAUUUCAAAUGAGCUGGCCAAAUUAUGCUGCAUAUAUUUUCAUCAAAUAUUAUGCAUCAAAAACAAAUCCAAAUGAAACAUAUGUGGGAGUUAACUAUGCUGGUCAACCCCAGAUAUUACCCAAUUGUGAUAAUUAUUAUUGUCCUUAUUCAACAUUUCUAGAGAAUUUAAAAAGUCGCUUUAAAAAGCCGAAAUUCUUAAUAAAUCAAUAG